AUGGCCAGUUCAAUGGGCCUCCGCGACAACAGCCAGGCCGUCCGGGACCACCCAACAUGUACUAAGAAGUAGAAGAAACGAUGUGCAGUACAUACAAUAUGAAAGAGACGGUACGCAGCACAUUGCACUAAGAGAAGAAAUGUUACGCGGAGCGAGGCCUGUUCUGGUUUGCAAAAGCAGUAAAUCGCAUUGUUGAAGCAAAAGAGAGACCGUAACGGAGCAAACAACAAUUACCAUUGUGAUUGGAUUAAUUGAUUAAUUGAUUAAUUGAUUGAUCUUUUCGGCCACUAUGUCAUGUAUAUGUUUGGUUGGUUUGGUGGCUUACUUGUAGAGCAUAGCGUGGCGUCCCGAGGAAAACGAAACAUGUAUGCUACAUGCACAAGUCACGCAGCCCACAGCCAUGCAGCCUUGUGGGGGCAUCAGGUCCCUGUUGGAGGCCCGUUCAACGCGCUCUGCGACUCCUAUCUCUGCCUCCUUGAAUUCCUCACCGUUAUCAAGCCUGCAGGUGUUGUUGGCAGAACACGCUGGAACACGAUGCGCCUUCUCAAGUCUUCGGCAACAGACAGUGGCUUCGAGCUAACAUCUUUCGAUGACGGCCUCGCCCCUCCAUACGCCAUCUUCUCUCAUACUUGGGCCGAAAACCAACAAGUCACCUAUGAUGAGCUACUGAAGGGAACGGGCAUGGACAAGGAUGGCUAUGCUAAGAUGUUUAUGGCGCUCAUUUAUGGAGAGGGAGAGGAGUAUGCAGCUUUGCGUCUCAAAGAGGAGAUACAAAAACGGCAACAAGCGAGCAAGAAGGCGGAUUUGCAAGACUCCUCCGCCGUAUUGUCACUACCUUUUCCACAAAAUGAGCGCUUCGCCGGACGAGAGAGCCAGCUUCAAUCGAUGAAACAAACGUUAUUUUCUCCUAGCACCCAUCAACGGCUGACGAUAUAUGGACUCGGGGGCUGUGGGAAAUCAGCCCUUGCUCUCGAGUUUGCGUAUUGCGCGCGUGCGGAUCAGUCCAGAUGCCUCGUUUUCUGGGUGCCAGCCAUAAGUCAGGAGAGUUUUGAGCUUGCCUACAGAGACAUUGGAAACCAGCUUCGCAUACCAGGAAUUGAUGAUGCUAAUGCAGAUAUAAAGCAACUUGUCAGGGAUACACUAAGUUCUGGAAACUUGGGCAGUUGGCUAAUGACAAUUGACAAUGCGGAUGACUCGGAGGUCUUGUUAGGAGUUAGCAACAAGACAAUCAAAUCAACUCGAUUGAUUGACUAUGUUCCUUGCAGUACGGGAGGAUCCGUGCUCUUCACUACUCGCAGCAGAAAAGCAGCAACAGAUCUAACCCCAAAUAACGUCCUCGAGUUAAACGACACAGACAGAUUUAAAGCUCGGCAGCUAUUUGUUCACCGAAUCAACAACCAAGCACUAUUAAUCGACGGUACAGCUGUUAAUGCCCUUUUAGAGGUACUUACAGGCCUGCCGCUAGCUAUUAUUCAGGCUGCUAAUUUCAUCAACCAGAACGAAAUAUCAGUUUCUAAAUACACAUCACUACUCCAGCAUGCUAGCACCAAGGUUAAGCUCUUUAGCGAGCACUUCGAAGACCCUAGUAGAUACCAAGACAUAGACAGCACUGUCGCAAAGACGUGGCAUAUCUCUUUCGAGCAAAUCCAGAGGCAAGACUCUUACGGCGGAUCGUUAUUGCCACCAGGAGGAUCGGCUGUGCAGCAAACAAAAGCAAUUGGAACAUUGACUGGAUAUGCAUUCAUCACAGAGCGAAGACAGGCCGUGCCAGGAUCUAGCACGGAGAGGCUUUUUGAUAUGCAUCGGCUGGUACAUAUGGCGUUGAUAUGGUGGCUCGAGGGACAUGGAAAGCGGGAGAAGUGGGCAGGCAUAGCAGCAGUUCGAGCUCAGGAACUUGUGCCGUAUGGCGAUUUCGAAAGUAGAGAAAGAUGGAGCGUGUAUCUUCCGCAUGCACUGUACUUGGCUGGGCUCGUUGGCCUCGUAGACGACUUAAGGAGAGCUUCACUGCUAACACGAGUCGGCCAGUGUCAAGAAACCCUGGGGCUAUACAGACUAGCAGCGACAACACAACAAACAGCAUUAUUGCUGAGAAAAAAAUUGCUAUGCUCUGAGCAUCUAGAGACCUUGAGUACUAUGAGCUGCUUGGCGUCUGCCCUGAAUGGGUUGGGGAAAUACAAUGAAGCCGAAGCGAUCCGUAGGGAAGAGCUAGCGAUACGUGAAAGGGUACAAGGGCCUGAUAAUGGAGAUACUCUGGCAACCGUGGGCGAACUGUCGACAGUGCUGUAUAAUCAAGGCAACCUCAACCAAGCUGAGGCGUUGAGCCAGCAGACACUAACACUGGAAAUUAUGAACAACUUCGCUCUGGUACUAGAGAGGCAAAGAAGACACAAAGAGACUGAGAUAUUACAUACCCAAGGGCUGGCGAUUACCGAAAAGCUAUUUGGGCCCGAGCAUCCAAACACACUAAUAAGUAUGGAAAACGUGGCCCUGGUGCUGUCUCGCAAGGAUCAAUACACAGAGGCCGAGGCAAUGUACCAGCAAAUACUCGACAAAAGUAAAAAAAAUACUAGGACCUACCCACUGCUUUACCCUGGCCGCCAUGAACAACAAGGCAAGAAUCCUUCAACAACAGGGAAAAUACACCGAAGCCGAGAUAAUACACCGCAUCCAGACACAAUAGCAAUCAUGUACAACCUGGCGGAUUCGUUGUAUGCACAGGAAGAAUACGAUGAAGCCGAAACAAUAUACCAGCAGACGCUUGAGCGGCGAGUGAAUUUGCUGGGACGCGAGCAUCCAGACACUCUGGAAGCUAUGGAUAACAUGACCACCGCGUUGUACAAGCAGAAAAAAAAAUACAACGAGACAGAAAUCAUCAGGUACCGGAUGGUUGUGCUUCAAGAAAAGCUGCUCGGACCCGAGCAUCCAGACGUGCUACAAAAGUAG